AUGUAUUCUCAUGGUUUUUUAACUGUAUUUGACAGUACUGACAGUGUGUGCUGCGAUACUUUAUAUGAGAUAGGUCCAACUAUGGAAAUGCUCAGAGAGUACGAUAUCAUCAAGUUCUCCCCUGUGGAGUUAGAUGAUUUGACUAGUAAUUUUAGCCAAGCAAAUCUGAUUGGAGAAGCCCAAUUCGGCAAAGUGUAUCGAGGAAAGACUCAGCAAGGUCAGGAUGUGACUGUGAAGAUUUGGGAAGAUUUAGGAAAAUUUGCUGUAGGCCGGGAUGAACACCGUUCCCAAUUUGCGAAAGAAUGCAUUUUUCUAAUGGAGUCGAGUGUAAAUCAUCAUCCAAGUCUGGUCAAACUUUUGGGAUAUUGCUGUGAAGAUAGUCUGUUGGGGGUUGUUUAUGACCUUAAACCAGUGGAUACAGUGCACAACCUCAUUGAUAAAGAUCGCUUUUCCUGGCUCCACAGAAUCAAGGUGGCAAUUGAUAUGGCACGUCUGCUCGAGUUUUUGCAUUAUCAUCAUAAACCGCAAUACCUAGUUCGCAAUAUUAGUUCUGCACAUAUGAUGGUUGAUCAGGAUUACAAUCCAGUACUAUUCGACUUUUGUAUGCUAGUUGGUGGGGUUUUUGGUGAUGAGCAACCAAUCGCAAAUAUGUUUGUACUUGGAGCGCCAGGCUAUACUGAUCCGAUCAUUAUGAAUAUGGGUACAUGGUGGAAGAUACACGACGUCUUCUCGUUUGGCACUGUGCUUUUGGAGCUCAUAUCCAAAAGACCCUCUGAGAUCAAGAAACCUGUACACAGUUGGGCUGAAGCCCAAUACAAUUUGAACGAGCCGAAGAAAUCAUCAUUUGGCCGCUUUGCCCUCUCAAAGAAGUUCUCUCUCGUGCACAAAAGCUUUGAAGAAGAUUUGGGGUUCAGUCAACACGAUGGAUAUAAAAUUACUGAUCUGGCAAUGCGCAGUGUGUCAGACACGGGCGUACGUCCAUAUAUGAAUGAAGUUGUUCAAACCUUGGAGAGGUUACAUGCUGAGAAUGAUGCGCAUCCUGACUAUGCUCUGGGAAAUGUAAUAGCGACCCUGCCUGAAAGUGAUGUGGUGACUCUGGUGCUGGCUCUCGUUCCAGAUCUAUAUCCAUAUGCAUAUCCGCAGCCCCCGAUGGGUUUGUUGGAUCAUGCUCUGUCGCUGCUGCUGCCUCCUCCUCUGCAUCCUCCUCAGCUGCCAGAAUGGCCUCUUACUCUAAGCUCCGAAUAA